AUGUCAGCCCCAGAACCACCAAAGUCUGUUGUCGAUUUCUUGUGGUUUGGCCCGCGCCCUGCCCGACCACCGCCAGAGCGCUCCGACAUCAUUGUCGUGGCCGACAUACCCCCAGUGCCACCAAUCCGCCCUCCGGACGCCAUCCACCCUCCUGACACCGUCCACCCUCCGGACGCCGAACCCCAGGCGUCUGCAUCCACCUCCGGCCACCUCCGUCAGCGCCUCCAGCGCCUCCAGCGCACUAAUGCGCUGCGACCCAUAACACUCGGCCACUCUGUAAGCUGCGGCUGCGAAUAUUGCCGCAAUCGCCGAUUUAACCGGAUGACUCCGAUGGAGGAAGGCCAGACCUGA